GCUUAUGAAAUCAGCUUCAGAUUCUACCAGAUUCUAUUACUAAAAUAUCCUUCGUAACUCUCGCUAAGCCCAAAUCAGCUACAAACCUUUAGGCAUUCUCUACCCUCCAGAGCUUCUCUUCUCCAUCGUCUUUGUGGCUCUGUACGACAAACCCUUUAGGCCGGCGCUUGGGGUUCUCCUGCGAGAGCUUCUCCGACAAUUGUCUCCAGGCGACGCAACCCUUUGGGUCGGGGCUUGGCUUCUCCAGCGACGGUUUCUCCAACCUUCAUCUCUCGGCUUCAAUUUCAAGAUUAAUAAACCACGUUCAAGGAGUUCGAGCAAAAAAAGGUACAGACCGAGUCGACCGGUGCCACCGCGCCACCGCGCCACCGCGCCACCGCGACAAGACGUCACCGCGCCACGCCUCUGAGAGCACGGGGUCUACGCCUGACGCCUCUGCGCUCGCUGCAUCGCACCGUCGCACACUGACACUUUCAACGUCGCACGGCUUGCUGAGUCGCUGCCUUGCUGGAGUCUGUAGACCGGAAUCGCCGCCGGCUGCCUCGCCGAGUGCCUCUGUGCCUGUCUGCCUCCUGCCUAAGUCGCUGAAGAGUGAAGACUGAAUGCCUCGGUGAUGCGUGGUGAGACUAUGAUACUUGUCUUCGUCCUUUCUACAACCUUCAAUGUUCUAAACCAAAAAUGCUCCAUCAAUUCCACAUCAAAUGGCAAAAAACAAUGCUUUGUCACUCAAACAUAUCGCUAGUAGUGCCAUUAUCCACCCAAACUCGACGCUCCUAGCGAAGCUCUUAGAUUAUUGCAUCAGCACAAGGUCACCAUUGGCAGCGCGUUCAGUGCAUGAGAGGGUCCUGAAGAGUAAUUUCAUCCACGAGGUCUUCAUCAACAACCGACUCAUUGAUGCUUAUGGCAAAUGUUUCCUAUUACAGGAAGCCUGCCAGGUGUUUGAUAAAAUGCCCAAUAAGAACACUUUUACUUGGAACUCCAUGAUCAAUGCCUUGACGACAUUUAAACGUGUUGAUGAGGCAGAGGAGCUUUUUUCAUUGAUGGUGGAUCGUGAUCAGUGUUCGUGGAACUUGAUGGUUUCGAGCUUUGCCCAGUGUGAAAUGUUUGAUUUAUCUGUGGAAUAUUUUGCAAGAAUGCACAAUGAGGACUUUCUGCUAAACAAGUACUCUUACGGUAGUGCACUUAGUGCUUGUGCUGGACUUAGGGACUUGACAGCGGGUACGCAAAUCCAUGCUUCUAUCGUAAAGUCAAAAUUUUCCUUUGAUGUGUAUAUGGGGUCCGCACUCAUUGAUAUGUACUCAAAAUGUGGGAAUGUGGGGUGUGCUCAAAAGGUUUUUGAUGAUAUAUGGGGUCCCAAUGUGGUCUCAUGGAAUUGUUUGAUCACAUGUUACGAGCAAAAUGGGCCCACUAGUAGGGCACUAGACAUUUUUGUCAUGAUGAUGCACCAUGGGUUUGAGCCCGAUGAGAUGACCUUAGCAAGUUCUGUAAGUGCUUGUGCAAGCUUGGCCUUACUUAGAGAAGGUCGUGAAAUCCAUGGCCGAGUGAUGAAGUUUCAUAAGUUCAGAGAUGAUCUCAUCAUAACCAAUGCUUUGGUUGAUUUCUAUGCAAAGUGUGGCAAGAUCAAUGAGGCGAGAAAAAUCUUUGAUAAGAUGCCUGUAAGGAGUGUGGUGUCUCAUACCUCUAUGGUUAGUGGUUAUGCAAGGUCUGAGUGUGUGAAAGCGGCUAGAGCAAUGUUUAGUGGGAUGAUGGAAAAGAAUGUGGUGUCCUGGAAUGCACUUAUUGCUGGAUACACCCAAAAUGGGGAAAAUGAGGAGGCGUUAAAUCUCUUUCUUUUGUUAAAACGGGAGUGUGUUUGGCCAACUCAUUAUACCUUUGGGAACCUCCUAAAUGCUUGUUCAAAUCUAUCAGAUCUCAGGCUUGGUAGGCAAUCUCAUGCGCAUGUUUUGAAACAUGGGUUUUCUUUCCAGAAUGGACCCGAACCAGAUGUUUUUGUGGGGAAUGCUCUGAUAGACAUGUAUAUGAAGUGUGGAUCGGUUGAAGAAGGUCAACGGGUUUUCAAAAACAUGACUGAUAGAGAUCGGGUUACAUGGAAUUCGAUGAUCGUAGGGUUUGCACAAAAUGGGAAAGCAAAUGAAGCACUUGAGAUCUUCAAUGAUAUGUUGAUAUCUGGAGAGAAGCCAGAUCAUGUGACCUUGAUCGGAGUUCUUUGUGCGUGCAGCCAUGCCGGGCUAGUUGACGAGGGUCGCCGUUAUUUUUAUUCCAUGGGAGAGUAUGAUUUGGAACCUUUGAAAGACCACUAUACAUGUAUGGUUGAUUUACUUGGUAGGGCUGGUUGCUUAGACGAAGCAAGGAGUUUGGUGAAAUCAAUGCCAAUGCCUCCUGACGGUGUUUUAUGGGGAUCUUUGCUCUCUUCUUGUAAAACCCACAGUGAAAUGGAGUUGGGUAUGUAUGUAGCUAAGAAGCUUUUGGACUUAGACCCUGAAAGUUCAGGCCCUUAUGUCCUUUUAUCAAACAUCUAUGCUGAGUUAGGUCACUGGAAAGAUGUUACAAGAGUGCGUAAACUCAUGAGACAGCGUGGUGUUAUUAAGCAGCCUGGUUGCAGUUGGAUUGAGAUACAGAAUCUGGUCCAUGUUUUUAUGGUUAAAGAUGGUAGGCACCCAGAGAAGGAGGAGAUAUAUCUGUCCCUGAACAAUCUAACUGAACUGAUGAGACUCUUUGGGGUUGAGCCCGAGUUGGAUGUUGGGGAGUUCUAUAUCAACAGUUUCCAUUUUAUCUAAGGGAGGUAUCAUAUACAGGUUUGGGCAUUAGAUUUGACCAAAUCCCAAUGAGCAUUCUGUUGAUGUCCACAUAUAUUCUAUAAUUUUCAUUUGGAUGCCUGGAUUUGUUGCUAACUAACAUUCCUUCCAAAAUCAUAUCACCUGUAGCUCUGUUUCACAUCAUUGCUGUUUUUCUUCUUCUCUUUUCUCCUUUCCGUUACUAUUUGUUUGUGAAUACAUUGAUCCUAGCUGUAAUAUUGACCUUCCAGCCAUCAAUAUCUACAUUUCAGAAAUUCAUUGCUUCAUUUAUGCACCUGCUGAGAGAUGUCACCCUCUGAUAAAUUCAUUCAUUCAGCAUUCUCUCUUAAUUGUCUUUGUUUGUAUCUUUGUAGUAUUUGCUAACCCUUUAUGUAAUUGAGCUCAUCACAUUGAAACUUCAUUCAUACCUCAUGGAGCAAAUUCACUCGAGACCCCCCUUUGGAAAUCCACUUGGUUUUUAUUUUUAUUCCCACCUUUCCACAUUUUUCUUCAUUUUAUUCCAAAAUCUUCUGGCUUCUGUGCUUCCGUCAGAGUUGCUGCACAAACUUAUCUUUCUAGAUAUAUUAGAUGCCGAGGACGAGAGCUGGUGCUGCCUCUUCUGUUUUAAGGGAACCUGAAAAGAUAAUUGAGGCUGAAGAGCAAAUUGACUUUGAUGGAGACAACGAAGACGUAGAGGAAGAGGUUGAAUAUGAAGAAGUGGAAGAAGAGGUGGAAGAAGAGGUAGAAGAAGAUGAGGAAGAAGAGGAGGAGGAAGAAGAAGAGGAGGAAGAGGAUUCUGGUAGACUAAAGCAUACAGACGAUGUGGGACUGGAUGCUGAUCUUGAAGUAGAAGAAAAUAGUAAUGAUAAAAAGCAUGCUGAGCUUCUUGCACUUCCACCUCAUGGGUCAGAAGUAUACUUAGGUGGUAUUAGUCAAGAUGUAUCUGAAGCUGAUGUGAGGCAAUUGUUUGACUCCAUUGGGGAAGUUGUGGAGGUUAGGAUAAUGAAGGGAAAGGAACCUAAUCAGAACAAAGGAUAUGCUUUUGUCACUUUCAGGGAAAAAGAAUUGGCCUCCAAGGCAAUUGAGGAGCUAAAUAAUACUGAAUUCAAGGGAAGAAAGGUAAAGUGCUCUGCAGCUCAAGCAAAAAAUCUGUCUUUUCAUUGGUAAUAUUCCUAGACAUUGGGUGGUGGAAGAUCUUAAAAGGGUUGCCAACAAGACCGGGCCUGGUGUUAUUAAUGUGGAAAUGGUGAAGGAUCCGCAGAACUCAAGUCGAAAUCGUGGUUUUGCUUUCAUUGAGUACUAUAAUAAUGCAUGUGCUGAAUAUUCACGACUGAGAAUGUCUGACGCAAAAUUUAAGCUUGAGGAUAAUGCCCCAACCGUGAGCUGGGCUGAUCCAAAAAACACAGAUUCUUCUGCUGCUUCUCAGGUUAAAGCUGUGUAUGUAAAAAACUUGCCCAAACAAAUUACUCAAGAUGAGCUAAAAAGUUUAUUCCAGCAUCAUGGGAAGAUUACUAAAGUUGUUCUACCUCCAGCUAAAGCUGGGCAGGAACAGAGCAGGUAUGGUUUUGUCCACUUCGCAGAAAGAUCUAGUGCCAUGAAAGCGCUGAAGAACACUGAGAAAUAUGAAAUCGAUGGUAAAGUUCUGGACUGCUCACUCGCAAAGCCACAGGCAGAUCAGAGUGGUAGUGGGGGGUCAAUUUCAAAUAGAGGAGUUGCACCUCCAACCUAUCAACCUCGUAUUGGAUAUGGAUUGGGAGGGAGUCCUUAUGGCGCCAUAGGUGUGCGCGGCGCACCUCUCGGUCAGCAAUUACUUUAUGGAAGAGGAGCCACGCCGCCUGCUGGUGUGGCAAUGAUGCCAUUGCUUUUGCCUGAUGGAAGGAUCGGAUAUGUCUUGCAACAGCCAGGAGUUAUGCACACUCCACCUGCACCACGAACAAACUUCGGUAGCAGCGGACGGAAUUCAAGUGGAGGUGUAAGGCGGAGUGGCGGCAGUGACAGUGGGCGAGGUCAAGGGCGAGGCCGAUAUAACCCUUACUAGUUCUUGUGGAGUUGUUUGUACUCUGGAAAUGCUUCUUUAAAUUUAUUAGCAAUUUUUAAGGAACAUGUCGACGUGGGCUUCCUCACCUGUAGUGGAAAGUAGGAACCUCUAAUGUUACAUUCUUUCGAUGCUAUGAUUAUUGUAUAAUAUUGGCUGCUAGGCUUGUAAACAUAUACCAACAUUGCGGCAUUAAAUUAUACGGAGUACUAUGUAGUUUUGUCUUCGAAUCUUUUCGAAAUUUAAUUUGGGAGAAUGAUAUAAUAUAU